AUGUUUUUUACCUUCAUUCUACCUGCCUUUGUGGCAGCCUUCGGGCUCUUCUGCUCGGCACAACCUCUAGAAGAGCGACAGUCCAAUGGAAAUCCCUUCAGCCUGUAUGCUUACGGUGAAGACAUCAAUGGAUUGCAUGUAUUCUAUGCUGAUGGUCAAGCUCAGAUUGGCGACAUGUCGCUGUCCAAUGCAUCUAACAAAGUCCCUAUGUAUGUGACUUACUCUAGCAAUGAUCGCACGACUUGGAUUGCCCACGCCAAUACAACGCAAUCCACCCGUACCUUCGCAGCACUCGGCUCGUCUACCACCUCCACCACAAACCUGCUGUGCUUGAAAGAAAGCAGUUCUGUUACCAACCCGGUCACAUUCAACAGCAUUAAUUCUGUUUCUAUCUCCAGUGCAGACACUGAGACGAUCACAAAUGCCUGGUCACUGUAUGGUUCAACUGUGCUGAUAAACCGAACCGGCGGAAACUUCUACGCAAAAUCAACCGGCAAGAAUGGGUGGUGGCACCUCGUGUGGAGUACUUCGGAUAACGCAGGCUUGGAAGCCACUGCUAUUAUCCUGAGAACAACUGCGCCUGUUUUGGAUUAG